UUGCAGCUUAUGAAAUAAGACGCAACACUUUCUAAACACAUUUUCUGUUGAAGAAUAAAAAUAAUCUCUGAAAUAAAAAUAAAAUAGUUGUAGUCGUGACAUCAUCACGGAGCGCCUGUUAAACUCUGAUUGACAGCAGACAGAAAUGUAAACCGUCACGUGCAGGUCUAUCUGUACCCGAAGGAAAACAACAACUUUAAUAAUAAACUACUGACGAAAAGCGGAAAACGCGCGCAUCGAUCCGAUGGAGACGCGCGUGGGAUCUCGAGCGUGCGCGUGCGUCGCGCUCCUGCUGUUCGCGUUGCACGCGAGUCUCGGUCACGAACACAUUAAACUACAGGAGGAUGAAGAGACAGCAGAAGAUGUGAAGUUCAGGACACAUGAGGAAGAUCAGCUGAAGUUCAGGACUCCUGAAGGAGAUGUGAGGGUCCAGGUGUCGGGUCGAGCUCUGGUUCCGGGAGUCAGAACGCAGGACUGGAUCGCUAAUGCUCGGGUUCUGCUGGACGGAGACACACAUGUGGGAUUCAUCAGAGAAGAUGGAGGAUUCUCAGUCAGUGACGUUCCGUCGGGAUCGUAUGUUCUGGAAAUCUCCUCUCCAACCUACAGAUUCCAGCCUGUGCGAGUCGACAUCACGGCGACCGGGAAGAUGAGGGCUCGUGUGGUCGACUACAUCAGAACAUCAGAGGUGAUCCGACUCCCGUACCCUCUCCAGAUGAGGAGCCUCGGCCUGCACUCGUACUUCAUCCCGCGGGAGACCUGGAUCUGGUCCGAUUUCCUCAUGAACCCGAUGGUUCUGAUGAUGGUUCUUCCUCUCCUCAUAGUCGUUCUCCUUCCCAAAGUCAUGAACUCCAGUGAUCCAGAGAUGAAGCGGGAGAUGGAGCAGUCGAUGAACAUGCUGAACUCGAACCAGGAUCUUCCUGACGUCUCGGAGAUCGUGACCCGCUUCUUCUCUCCGCCUAAAAGCCAUGGGAGAGGAGGGGGUGGAGCCAGGGCCACCAUGGGCGGGGCUCCAGGAGUGAGGGGCGGGGUUUCGGGUGUAAGGGGUGGGACUCCGAGGCGCAGAUCAAAGAUUAAUACGGCCGUGACAUCUAGCGAAUAAAAGGGCUAGUAUUUCAAUAUUUCAGAACACAAUAUUUCUGUCAGUCACACAUCUGUGUUUAUAUGUGAAUUAACCAAUCAUUAUACAAUCAUUCAAGCCACUCCGCCUACAUUGGUCACGUUACAAUAAAGUUCCACUAGUUAGCAAUACAACAGCAAUACGGAGAAAUACAUCUGUUACAGUGUUUAUUCGUCAUUUAUUAUUAACGGUUCAUCGUUUGUUCUUGUCCAUCAGUUAAUAUUAACAUGAACUAACAGUGAACAAUAUUUCUACAUCUUUGUUAAUCUGAACAUUUACCAAUACAUUUUUAGGAUCAAAAGUCUGAGAACUUACAUUAAAGGUAAUUUAUUGUGUAAAAAUGUUGCAGUUCUUGUUAGUUCUAUUAAUAAAUGAGAUCUGUAAAGUACUUUAUAAAAUUAUAAGGUAUUAUACAUGUUUAAAGAAAAAUGAAUAAAACUUUAAAUA